AUGAGUAAAGGUCUUGUGCUUCUCUUCUUCUCAGCUACUGUCCUCAUCCUGAAAGCUUUUCUCUCCUCCUCCAUCGGGGCCAGGAGAGGACGGAGCCUUCAGCAGAAAGGAUCCAAGCGAUCCGUCCAACGAAUGAAGUUCCUGGAGAGCUACUGCAACAAACUGCUGAAGUGCGAGCAAACUGUGAGUCAGAGCUCAGAGGUGGCACAGUUCUUCAUGCCCAAAGACCGUGACCUGCAGCCAGACUUCACCAAGAACAGCAUCAUGAUCAUGCUGUCCGAGGAUCUGCCCGAUGGUGAAGGAGGCGGUGAUGGGACUCACCAGCAUGCAGGAAACAUAACUCACCCAUUUGUCACCCAGACCUACCGCUGCGUGGCUGCGUACGAGACAAAAGAUACCAAGAACCGUCCGUUUAAAGUCGCUGUGGAUGAGAAGCUGGAUGUGCUGAUCAAAGACCCUGCAGGUUGGUGGCUGGUGGAGAACAAGAAUAAGGUUUUGGCUUGGUUUCCUGCUCCCUACCUGGAGUUGUGGGAUGGGGAUGAUGAUGAUAACGUUGGAUUCCAGCUCUCAGGGAUUGUCUUGUGGAGACGCCCAGCACACUGGGCUCUGCUCUGGCUGACCAGCAGGCCCCUGAUUUACCUCGCUGACGCAGGGUGGCACUAG